AUGAGUCAGUUCCAACUCUUCCCAUCACCCUCGGAUAGCAGACCAUCGAAGGAAUUGCCAAGAGCCCCGAAAAAGCCAGCCAUAAAGACAUAUACAGAGAUGCGACCUAUGGAGGAGAUACGUGACAAGAGUAGUCCUACAGAAGCUGUGAUCUUCAAACUUAUUCAGGAUACCCAUACUAGUAUCAGACCGCCGCCAAAAGCCAUGUCCAGGUCGAACACAGUAUCCAUUCCAGACACAAUACGAGAGCGUGAGACGUCCAAAUCUCCUCUGCGACAUGACCGCCACAAGCGGCCGGCAGAGAGAGUUGGUUCUCCUUCACAUUCGGUCAGAUCUGCUUCACUCAAGAGCAGCUCACCCGCGGCAGCUCCGGUGGUGCCAAUGAAAUCUACAUUCCCUCGAUAUAACUACGACCUUCCGAUGAACCAGCAGCACUACUACCCGGAGCCUUCAUUCAAUUCUCACUGGGAACUACCCAGGUCUGAGACAGAGACACCACCUCCGGAGAUAGAUCGCGCCCUUGGACCCAAGACAGUUCCCGCCAGCGUGCUGAACUUUCCUGCCGGUGUUCUUGAUCCAGUGGAGAGAUAUUCUACGCAGGAAGAGCUGCAGAGUCUAUGGGAAAUUGCUAACGGCCAACGCCCACAAAGCCUGCCUGGGACCUUUAAUCUGUGUGUUGAUCGGAUCGACGCCAAUACACUUUCGUUCGGAGACCCCAAAUCACCGUUCUAUACACUGCGAGCUACUUCAGCAAACGACAUAUCGAUCAUCCGAAAACACCCAUCGAAGCAGGACAGCAGCGUCCCCGUAAUGAACCUAAAACUCGAAGACAAAUCUCGCCGCCAGCCUCCCUGCGAUGGCCUGGUUUCAAUCCUCUUCCCGCGCCUCGCCGCCAUCCUAGCGAUAGACCAAGCCACAGAGCUGGCAGAAGAACUCCACCUCUCCCCCAUAGAGGCGACCAAAGCAGAAGGAGAAGCACUCAAGCGAGUAGCAGCUCAGGAAUCCUGCAAAUUGCUAUGGAACCAAUCGAAGCGAGUGUACGAGCUUCACCACCCCGCGCUGUGCAAGCAGCAGCCUCCCGCGCUGGUUGGUGCUGCUGGCAUUCCUUUGUCGCCAGUACGCUCGAAGUAUUCAGGCGUCCUACACAUUACAGUUUCCAGUCUGUCCAAGGAGGGGGGAUGCAGCCAACCACCCACCAUUCUGGUUACUACCCCUCUGCCAACCAACGCCGUUGAGACGGGUGCCAUGGCGGCUACGCCUCGCACAUCCACGCUUCCACUGACAGAUGCCGAUGAGCCUUUGGCGUCGUUGGAUCUGAGGACUAUGACAUUGUCGCUAGCUACGGGGUCGAUUGUUUCGACCAUACCGUCGUUGUAUGCUGUUGACUGUCUCGUUUCUGCGCUACUGACUGUGGCGGUGUCUGAUGAGUCUACAAGGCCUGUUCUUGAGGAACUCAAGCUGUAUGACCAGGGGCUCUCGACUCCCCUUUUAUCAAACCCUAGAGAGGAGAUGAUCACUACCCUAGCAGAGCGGGAAGACGCUAAAGAAGGUAGCCAGCUGUGGUCCAAGGUAACAUCUCAGCCCAAAUCUGAUGGUCGAAAGUGGAAACAAGGGUCCAAGAAGCCAAAGGCCCAAAGAUUCAUAGUAGAAGAGUUCGACAUGGACAAGUACGGGCGAUACCAGGGCGGCUCACGGAAGGGCGAGGAGCUUCCGCGGAUUACACGGGGAUGCUUGCGGGUGUUGUUCUGGGGAUUUAAUGUGGUAGUGCACGGACUUGCGAUGGUUGUCAAGGGGAUUGCUUGGAUGGUGGUGAACCUGACUCGAUGUUGUGCCACUGAUAGUCAUAUUUCGUAGGAUGAGAUGGAUUAUACACCUAUGGUUUGAAGUAGAUUGCAUUCCUUGAUGUCAUGAUACUCGCAGGGAUUUUGUAGAUGAAGUCAAG